ACGUCUGGAGACACUGCGCUUGCCUUUGCAGUGAUUGGUUGCACUGCUAGCAGUUGAACGCGCUCAGUUAAUUGGCGCGAUCUAUCUGUCGGCUUUGUGGGGGUUCUGUAUACGGUGGCUCAGGAUCCUGGGAGACCACAGUUCCCUAGAGAGAGCGUACUUGAAGAGUAUGAAUGGCCGAACGUCCGGGAUCCAGGAUGACAAAAGAGCAGAAGCUUCCUUUGCCUUGGUCAGAAUGUAUAUGUCCAAUAUGCCAGGAGAUCCUUUUGGAACCUGUGACCUUACCCUGCAAACACACCCUUUGCAACCCUUGCUUCCAGAUGACUGUAGAAAAAACUAGCCUGUGCUGUCCUUUUUGCCGCAAGCGGGUAUCGACUUGGGCUCGCCACCAUUCUCGGACUCUGGUUAAUAAAGAGUUGUGGGAGAUAAUACAAAAGCAGCACCCAAACGAGUGUCGGCGUCGGGCCAGUGGGCAAGACUCUGAUGAUCUUGCAGAUGAGUUAACAUAUUGUCCAGCUCCACUUUUAUGUAAACCAGGAGAAAUCAGACAGGAAUAUGAAUCUGAAGUUAACAAGAUAGAAGCUGAACGCUUUGCUCAAGAAGAGGCAGAGAGAAAGGCAAGUGAGGAUUACAUUCAAAAGCUGUUGGCAGAAGAAGCAGCUGAAGAACAUCUUAAUGCAGAAGCUGUGCAGAGGGAGAUGGAGGAACAACUGAAAAGGGAUGAGGAAUUGGCUCGGUUACUCAGUGUAGGUUUGGAUGUGUCAAACGCCUCCUGUACUUCAGUUUCACCUGUGACUUCAAAGAAAGCGGUGGUCUCUAAGCCUAGCAGAAAGGUGAAAAACAAGCAGAGAGUAUCUGGAGACAUAGAGAGGUUUCUUUCUCCAAAGCCUCAAAGAGCCAAGGCUGUCGUUGGAACUGACGAAUCCAGGGAUUCUGACAAUUCGGAUUCUUGCAUCCUGAUGGAUGCAGAUGAGAAGCCAGAACUCUCAACUCAGUGUCCUUUCACCAGCUUGAUACAAGAGAAAUGUGUUGAUUUACAAAUGCCCUGUUUUACAGACUGCUAUAAAGUGGACUCUGACGCAGCCAGCCUGCAGGAUAGUCGUUCUAAAAGGAGCCAGGAUUGCAAUGGCACUUAUUCUUGCUCUGACAUUAUAGAUAUGGAAGUGAGCAUGACAAUGAAAAAACAAAGAAACACAGCGGAAUUAUCCCCUGAAAGGGCAUACUGUUCUCCAGAGAAAGCAAUUGAGAGUAAUGCAAUGAUCUGCAGUACACCUACCCAUCUUGGUAUGACAGGAACUCCUAAAAGAAAAAGUGAAGACUGUUAUCUUGAUUUAGAAGUAAGAGCAGGGAGCUAUCGAAAAGUAAAAAAGAAGAAGCUGUCUCUGACAGAGGACUGUCCAGUACCAAGUGUUCAUGCAGGGAAAUUCAUUGAAUUGGAAGAGAAUCUGUAUGAGCGGCUGAGACAGGAGGAACAAGAUAGGCUCUUUGCCCUCCAGCUUCAAAGCCAGUUGGACAAAGAAGUGAAACAAGUAAACAGAGGAAAGGGAUCUCCAGAUGAGUAUCCACUAAGACCUAAGAGGGGCUCACAUUUACAAGAGUGCCAGGAUUCACCUUUUCCUCCUCGUGAGCAAAUGCCUGUCCAAGAUAAGGGUAGGAAUACGCAGAGUGGACAUAGUCCAGAUGAAAACAAGAAGCCUUGCAGAAAAAAUAGCAUCACAUCUCCUCAGGUCAGGCAAAGCAGGGCAGUAAACAAUACUGAGGGGUCCUCUGAUGGGAUAAAUGUUUUGAAGCCAAGUAACAAGCAGCCAACUAUACUGGACCUAUUUCAAAGGUCCACUGGAAAAUAAAGUUCUAUGUAACUGUUGUGGUACCUAUAAAAUCGUUUUGUGUGAUAUUCGGUACAGGUAUGCUAGCCUGCUGACACUGUCUGAUAUCCAUACAAUAUGCGAGUUAAGGAAUCUGAUCUUUCUGAAAUCAUCAACUGAUAAACCAUAUCUGCUAGUGUCGCCAGUUGACAAAUCUCCUCUUCUUCGCAACGACUAAGCUCCCCAAUCUGCCUUCCGCCAGCUAAAAUGUAAAUCGCCUGGGGGC